CCGCGCACUUGUCGCGGGUGUAUUGUGGGGGUGCAUUUUUGUGUUCUGUUUAGCGGGGGUGUUCAUUUUUAACGUUUGAAAGAAAACAUUUAAUUCUCAGGUUUUAUUUGGUUUUAUAAAGAAAGCAUGUUCCAUCAGCACGGGUUUGUGGAACAGGCUUCCCAGACUUCACCUUGCACAAAAAUGGCAAAUGGAUAUGUGCUGCCCGAAGGGAGAAUCACACCCAAUACAAUUUUUGUUGGUGGAAUUGACAUGAAGGUGGAUGAAAAUGAAAUAAAAGAUUUUUUUUCAAGAUACGGUACUGUGCAUGAAGUAAAAAUAAUUACAUAUAGAGGUGGCAUUUGCAAAGGGUAUGGAUUCGUGUCUUUCAAAGAGGAAGUUGACAUUCAGGCUAUAGUAGAACAGCCAAUUAUUUUUAAAGGAAGGAAACUGAAACUUGGACCUGCUAUCAUGAAGGCACGGAUCAGUUGUCCUAGUACUAGUCCUGGUUGCUCGCCUCAUUGGAUGACCUCUCCACCCCAGCAAAUGCAUUAUUUACAUAAAGUAGACAAUAUAAUCCCACCUACAGUUAUUCAUAAUACCGGAAAUCCUUAUGUACAGCCAUACCAUUACCCAGGUGUGCCAACUUUUGUGAUGCCAACAAAUAUUCCACAACCAGUGUAUACGUUUCAGUAUGCUGCCCCUCAUUGGACUGUUGGUGAUCACAGAGUAAGACUUGGGAACCAGAAUUUUACUGAUACUUGGUGUACAGACAUGGUUGACCCUUUUAUAAAAUCCUUUGGAGAGCUUUUUUUAGGAUAAAUUGCCAUACCUUACUUGUUAAAGGAAUCUGAAAGGUGAAUAUAUCCAUUCUUCAAAGGGAGUUAAAGGUUUUUCAUAAAACAUGUAAAUUGACCAUUUAAACUAACUGACUAAAAUUGAAAUUUUUUUUCUGUAGGAUCACAACUGUUUCUUAGAUUUAUUGUCACAAAGGUAUUAGUCUUCCGUUUUACAUUCUGCCCUGCCCAGGUUGAAAAGACUUCAGUUUUAUAUAUUGUGUUUCUCUGUAACGAAAACCAUGUUUUAAAUAUUUUUGUUUUCCAUCUUUAUUUUAUUGUUUUUAUAUGGCUUCUGUCUGUUUUAAUUUCUGCUAAAUCUCUACAGUGCUUAAAAUGUCUUGUCAAAUAUAUAUUAAGUGCAUUUUUGUAAGUUUGGUUUAAGCAUGCAAAAUAAAAUUAGCAUGGCUGUUAUUGGGUACGUAGAGUUUCAAAGAUGAGUGUUACAAGCACUCUUUUUUUCCAUAGCUACUAUAAAUGCAGAUUCUCAUAUGAAUGCAUUAGUUUUCCAAGCUUUCGUGAGGAGGGAAAAACAUUGGCAAAUUCAAGAAUGCAAGAUUGACUAGAAAUGUUUUGGCAUUAAGGCAGCAUUUUAGUUUCACUACAGUUUAAACCCACUUUUAUUUUGGGUACAGGCAAAUUAUCAAAAAAUCUGACACAUGCACUUGUUUGUACAUAUUUAUAUAAUGUUAUGUAAAUUAGAGUGGUUAAAGUCGUUUUUUGAACUUGUUUAUUUGAUUUGAAAUUGUUGAACAUUUUAUGCACAUAACUACAAUAUGUAAGUCUUUAAAUUUGUUUUAAUUUCACAAUGUUUAAAUACAUUAAUGUAUGGUUGUAUGUUUAUGGAACUUUAAAUGUUUUUUGAAUAUUUUGAUUUGUUAAUCAGCUUUGUACCCAAGUCUAAUCAUAGCACCACAAGUUUCAUAGCCUUGUUUCCUUCAGUGUGGCCCAGUUUUAACUGGUUGUUGGGGUCUUUAACUUCAGUUUUAAUAAAGCAUUACAGAUCAUUACUCUAGUAUUUUACUAUGCAGUUACUGAAGGCUUGUUGAAAUGGUUAAAAGUUUUCAUUGUUAAAGAUUCUAUUUGUUGUGUUUUGCCCUUGGUUCACACAUUUCACUGUGGAAAAUUGAAUGUUCAUAUUUGAAAUUAAAAAUAAAGAUUGUUCCCAUAA